CUAAGUCCCCACGCUGAAUCCGAAGCUGGGCUCUUGCGGCCAGGAGCGAGGAGCGCACUGAGAACUCUACUUUCUCGAGAGCCCGAGCCCAUCAAAUGGGCGAAUGAGGAAGGAGAGCAGGGACAUGGACUGCUAUCUGCGUCGCCUCAAACAGGAGCUGAUGUCCAUGAAAGAGGUGGGGGAUGGCUUACAGGACCAAAUGAACUGCAUGAUGGCUGCACUGCAAGAACUGAAGGUCCUACAGGUGCAAACAGCGUUGGAACAGCUGGAGAUUUCUGGAGGCACGCCGGCCUUCAGCUGCCGCGAGAACUCACAGAAACAGCCGGAACGCCCUUGCUGGCAGGGCAGUGGAGGUCCUCCCGCACCUAUGGCCCAGCCUUCCUCCAGCCAGCCUUCUUUUGACAGCAGCCCCAAGUUUCCGUGUCAUAGGAGUGUCUGUGGGAAGGAGCUUGCUGUCAUUCCCAAGGCACAGCUGCAGGAGCACCAAAGCUGUACCCAGCAGGGGCUAGAGUGGGUGGAACCAGAUGACUGGACCUCCACGUUGAUGUCCAGGGGCAGAAAUCGACAACCUCUGGUGUUAGGGGACAAUGUUUUUGCAGACCUUGUGGGCAACUGGCUAGACCUACCAGAACUGGAAAAGGGCGGGGAGAAGGGUGAGACUGGGGGACCCAGUGAACCCAAAGGAGAAAAAGGCCAGUCCAGGGAGCUGGGUCGCAAGUUUGCCCUAACAGCAAACAUUUUUAGGAAGUUCUUGCGCAGCGUGCGGCCUGACCGAGACAGGCUGCUCAAAGAGAAACCAGGCUGGAUGACUCCCAUGGUCUCUGAGUCACGAGCAGGACGCUCGCAGAAAGUCAAGAAGAGGAGCCUUUCCAAGGGCUCUGGACGGUUUCCCUUCUCCAGCUCGGGAGAGCCCAGGCACACUGAAACCCCUGCCACAAGCAGCCCCAAGGCCUUAGAACCCUCCCGUGGGGGCUUUGACAUUAACACAGCUGUCUGGGUCUGAAUUUGAGACAAGCUGGCUGAACCUAAAAGG